UGCGAGAUAGGAUUAGGAGGCAGAGAAUACCACGGUUCCGUCGCCAGGGCGUCCAUCCGAUCCGCGACGAUCCACAGGCCACAGCCAUGGCGAUGGCUUACAAGAUGGCGACGGAGGGGAUGGACGUGAAGGAGGAGUGCCAGCGCUGGUUCAUGGAGAUGAAGUGGAAGAAGGUGCACCGCUUCGUGGUGUACAGGAUCGACGAGCGGUCGCGCGCCGUGCUGGUGGACAGGGUGGGCGGCCCCGGGGAGGGGUACGAGGAGCUCGUGGCCGCGCUGCCAGGUGACGACUGCCGCUACGCCGUCUUCGACUUCGACUUCGUCAGCGUCGACAACUGCCAGAAGAGCAAGAUCUUCUUCAUCGCCUGGUACGUACGUACGUACGAAUUCCUGAGCUGCUCGCGCCUUCAGUUUCCCGUCCAUCGCCUUCGACUUCGACCAUGUCCUGUCGUUUGUCUGAAGGAAAAGAAACCUGUCCUCUCGAUCCUUACAAGUGCAGGAAGGCAUGCAUCACACAGCUCACAAUUGACUACUAGAAAACUGCAGAUCCAAUGGCUGUUCAAUCAGUAGUGCUUGUUGCUUGCGGCAAUCAUCCCAGCUGCCUUUAAGUCGGUCGGGAUCAUGACGGGGGGACCAAAAGCUUUCCUGAUAAGCCCUCCCUAUAUCACUGUUGCCUCGAGCGCUCUCUGCACGCAUCAUUUUUUUUUUGUCCGAAACCCUGCAGCGCUAGUUAAGGUCGCCGGUUAUUUUAUCAAAUCUGAUCUAGCCUGAAUCCACCUGUUGCCUAGAUCUGUCAGCCCACCGAAAGCACGCAGCGCCCACGAUGACAGUUGACAGCUAUAUAGGCAAAACUGUCCAAUAAUCCGCCAGCCAUACAAUUUUUUUUUUUUGACAAUAAGUUAGUAGCAACCCGUCAGCAGAAAUGAGAGCAACUAUAUUUUAUAUACAUCUACCUUUCUUGAUCUGUCCGUGUCCGGCAACAAGAGCAGCAGCAAACAAAUCAGGAUCCCAUCGCUACGAGCAAGCAGUACCGAUACCGACCGAGUUAUUCUACUACUGCUAGCUUGUCAACUCGCUCCAGUGUCCACUUGUUAAAGCGCUAUGAUUCUGCUGGUGCGCAGGCAGUUAGGUGUUCUGACGGGUGGGAUUCGUUUGCUCGGCGGUUGGUGCCGCCGCGCCUUUUUUUUCCUUCUUCUUUCGCGCAGGUCACCGGCGGCGUCGAGGAUACGGGCCAAGAUCCUGUACGCGACGUCGAAGCAGGGCCUGCGGCGGCUGCUGGACGGGGUGCACUACGAGGUGCAGGCCACCGACCCCUCCGAGAUGGGCUUCGACGUCAUCAGAGGCCGCGCGCAAUGAGAGCGUGAUUGGCGUUGGUGUGAUGAGCUGAGCCUCCCGAUGAUGCCGGUCUGACGAGGCUUCGCGUGUGUUUGCUUUCCCCCCGGUUCUUCCGAGAGAUGGUGCAGUGCAGGGGCGUGGUGUGCUGAUGCUGAUGGGUGGAGUUACUGGAGUAGAAGCUGAGGGAGUGGCAGCGGAUUAAUGAAACGUCCAUCUCCGCGACGUAGAAUUCCACUGAACAAUGCUCCAGUGCACCAUAAGCUGCUGCUUCAGAUUUGUUUAGAAAGCAACGCCUCUCUACGUACAAUUCCGACCAGAGUUGUUAUGGGCUUGUGAA